CCCGCUGCCGUCGUGAUACAUUCCGUCCACUCUGCACCUACUUUACCACCUGAUCAUUAUUUUAUAAUAUACAGCUACUAGGAAACAGCUCUGUCUUACUGAAACCUUCAUUUUUUCUUUUCUGUGACUUCGACAAUCUUCUCCAGUUGUUGGUGCUCGAUUUUGUACAGUGUAUAUACCCUUUGUUUGGAAAGUUUCAACAUGACGCAAGACAAGUCCUUAACGCCUGUUCACUUCUUCUCCCAUGGCUCGACGAUGAUGCUGGGUGAGGAAUCUCACUCAGCCAACUAUUGGAAGAAGUGUGGAGAUGCUGCUCUAGCAAAUGGUAUCAAGCACGUGGUUAUUAUGGGCGCACACUGGGCCACACUCGGCGACGAGAUCGAAGUAGCCGCCAACCCAACACCCGAGAAGUCCCCCGUCGCCUACGUGCACCCUUCCAAGUUCGAGCCCUACAAGCUCAACCCCGACCUCCCCAUGGCAUCACGCUGUGUCGAGAUGCUCAAGAAGGGCGGCCUGAAGGCAAAACUCAACGAGAAGUUCGACUGGAUCCACGACACGUAUUUGAUUCUCAUCCGGAUGUUUCCCGAUGGCUGCCCGCCUACGACAAUCAUCAGCAUGAACGCCAGGUAUGAUCCUCACUACCACGUUAAAGUCGGAGCGGCUCUCCGACCGCUGAGGAAUGAGGAUGUGCUUUUCAUCGGCACGGGGGGUGCAGUGCAUAAUUUGUAUCGCAAUAACUGGUUCCAGAUGCUUCGGUAUCGUGAUAAUUUCGCCAUGGAAUCUCCUCCUGACAGCACGAUGCUUGAUUUCCGCCAAGAGUUCGAGGAUGCGAUAAUGAAGAACACGGGACCGGAUCUUCGCCGCGCGAUGACCAUGUUGAUGAAAGUGCCCAAGUACCGUGAUGCUCAUGGGACGGAUGACCAUUUCAUGGCGGCCAUGUUUGUGGCUGGGCUUUGUGGCUCGGUGGAGGAUAUUGGCACGCCUGCUGAGUUGGGUGCCGAGGAUUGGGAGUUGAGGAAUAUGUGUAAUAGUCAGUAUACGCUUGGGAAGUGGUCUGGGUCGGGGUUGGUUACUGCUCGGUAGUUUUGGAUGUGGUGGAAUUGUUGGAAUCAUGUCAAGUAUUCUAUUGCAAGCGUAUUAUGUUAUGAAGAAUAUGCACAUUAAGUAUGAAUUAGCUUCAUGUGGUAGUAUUUCACAUUCACC